AUGGCUAGAAGUCUGCCAAUGAGCGUUGCUCUUGCGUGUUUUGCUGGGCUUUUCUUAGAGACGACGGGCAACUGGGGAUGUUUUCAAACCAGCAGUAAGCUGGAAAGAGACGUCACACAGUCGUAGGGUACUGCUACGUUUCACUAUUUACAAAAAGAAAUUCAAAAUCUGCAAGGUGCGAAUUGUUUAUGCAAGAGCAAGAGGACCUGAAUAUGUUUGCUACGGUGCAGCAUGCUUCCUGCUGGCCCUAGCUGGCGUAGCCAGAGAGCGUCAGCACCAUGGCCAAGCCGGGCUCAGACAGAGACGGAGCAAUGGUGGAGAAGCAAGCAGGGAAGAAGAGUAAGGAUAAGAUCUCUCCAUUCACCAAGACUCCUAAGCUGGACCGCAGUGAGUUUUUGGGGAAGGAGGCCAAGUCCAAGUCUUCCAUGAAGCGCAAGCUGUCCUUCACUGUAAGCCCGCCCCGCAACCAGGAGAAGGAGUCUGACACAGAUGACUCUGACCACGGCCAGUCGAGCGAUGCCUGGGGGGACUCUUUAGCCCCUCCCUGCAGGAUCCACGCAGACAAAGAUGUACCAGACAAGAAGAAGGCCAAGAAGGAGGCUGGUGGGAAGAAGUCCUCCUCUUCCUCCUCCUCCUCCACCCCUGUCAAUAUCCUGUUUGGCUACCCACUGUCCGAACGCAAGCAAAUGGCCCUGCUCAUGCAGAUGACAGCCAGGGAUAACAGCCCAGACUCCACGCCAUCUCACCCCUCGCAGACGCCGCUGGUGCAGAAGAAGCUGGCCAGCAGCUCCACGUCUCGGCAGAAGGACAAGGUCAACAAGCGCAACGAGAGAGGUGAAACGGCGUUGCACAUGGCCGCCAUCCGCGGAGACGUCGCCCAGGUGCGCCAGCUCAUCACCCUCGGAGCCGACGUCAACGUCAAAGACUUUGCUGGUUGGACUCCCCUCCAUGAGGCGUGUAACCUUGGUUACUACGAUGUGGCAAAGGUUCUGAUUUCGGCUGGGGCAGAGGUCAACACGCAGGGCCUAGACGAUGACACGCCACUUCACGACGCCUCCAGCAGUGGACACACAGAUAUUGUGAAGCUGCUGUUACGGAACGGGGGCAACGCGUACCAGGCCAACAAGCUUGGGGAGCGACCGGUGGACGUGGCCGACUCUCAGGAGCUGGAGCAGCUGUUGAAGGGGGAGGUGCCGCUGUCCGACCCUGAGGAUAGCUCAUCCGACUCUGAAGACCCUCCUUCUGUUAACCCAUCCAGUGUGGAUGACAUCAUGGAUGACUCUGAUGCAGAUAAGGACUCUGACAAGCACGCAUCAGGGACGACUGCGAAAGCAUCAUCCUCUGUCUCUGGUCUUGACGAGUACGAGUUCAAAGACGAGGAAGAGGAGGAGGACCUGAGCAAAGCACUGAACGACAGACACAUCCUUCGUCGGGAGCUGCGUCAGAAGGAGAAAGAGGAGAAGGAGCACAACCACUACGUGUCCAAGCAGGCCGGGAAGAGCGACACGCCCAACGCCUCAUGUAAGCCCAAGAAAUCCAAAGCAUCUCGCGUCAUCUACUGCAGCUCCGACAGCUCCAGCGAUGAGGGUGACGCACCUGCAGAGAGGAAGGGUUCUCCAACGCGUUCAGGGUGUGUGGACGGACACAAAGCAGAAAGCAGGACUAAGAAAGACUCCCAAGGUGGAAUCUCUAUCUCGGACCAGAAAGACAAAGGCAAGGUAAAGAAGAAAAGCAAGAGUCAGAGUAAAAACAAGGAGAACCAAGAGGUCCGGGAGGAUGGGAAGGAGAACAGCAAAGCUUUGCUCUUCUCACCAUCCACAACGCCGGAAAACUCUGAGAAGGUCACAAGGGAGGAAGACUCCUUCAAGAUGUCCUUCAGCCCAAAAGACGACUCCUCCGUCCACCUCUUCCAUCUGUCUGCUGUUAAGUCGCCCAAACUCAACCACAGCCUGUCCGACAAGCAGCCCACUACCCCUCUUAAGCAAGAGAACUCCAAGACCUGUGUGUCCAUAGGUGAUGGACCCUGUCAAGUCGAUGGUGUCAAGUACAACCACUGCACAGACGGCGAGUACUGCUUAGAGAGCUCCAGCAGUAAGGGCUGUAAACACAAAGAGAAGAGCAAACACCACCAAAAGGAGCUGGGACUGGAGGCAGAUGACCGAAGCUCCAGCCCUUUCAAAGAUGGCAGCUUGAGCAACAGCAUGGACGGCGCAGACAGUGCGUUACGAAAGACGGACAAAGACGGGAAGGUUGUGAAGAAACACAAGCUCAAACACAAGGAGAAGGAAAAAGACAAGGAGAAAUCCCGGAAGGAGUAUGAGGCUGACAAGACCCGCCAUCGGCCGAAGGAGAAGGAGAAGGAGAAGGAGAAGGAGAAGGAGAUGAGGAAGGAUGGCCAGAGAAACAUGGAGUUUGACCGAGAGUUCUGGAAGGAAAACUUCUUCAAAAGUGACGAGAACGAAGAACUCAUGUCUCUGGGCAACUCUUUGCAAAAGGCCUCAGAUGGAUCACUUGUCAAAGAAGAGAGGGGGACGACAAAAGACAAGCAUAUUGGUAGCAGUAGCAGCAGUAGUAGUGGCAGCAGCAAGGACAGGCGACCAAAAGAGGAGCGCGAAAAGGACAAGUCUGUGAAGAAAGAGAAAAAGGAGACCACCUGCAAAGAGGAAAGGGGGAGGGAAGGGAGAGAUAGAGAAAUGGAGGAUCGUGUGCCAGAUGGCUUGGGCUCAGUGCGUGUUCCUGAGGAAUCUCAGCACAGUGUGAAGGAGGAGAUUGAGGACAAGCCCAUUACUGACCUGGAACACCAGGAGCCCUCAGAGAAAAACUCCCGCGAGAAAGGAGAAAAGAAACUACCUUCAAAGGACAGGGAGGGAGAAAAAUCUGAUAAAAAACACACAGAUAAGGAAAAGAAGAUCAAGAUGGAGCACUACCCGGAUAAAUAUGAACCGCCGAAUUCCACCGAUAGGUGGAAAGAGAAGAUGUCAGGCAGUGCCUCUCAUUCACCCGGCGAUAAAAACAAGGAAAGCGAAAAACUCAAAUCACUUGCGGCAGCCAAAAAGCAUGAGGAAAACCGCAAGAGUAAGGAUAAACUUGAUAGGAAAAGUGAGAAGGAACACUCUGCUGGGGAGCACAGAGAGAGGGAUAAAAGCAGUUCAGAUAAGAAGGGAAAAGCUCCCGACAAAACUACAGACCACAACAAGAUGGACCGAAUGAAGGAGAAGGACAAAGAAAAAGAGAGGGACAAAGAUCGGGAGAGAAAAAAAGAAAAGUUGAAGGAGAACUCUUCUGGCUCAAAUCUUAAAUUGCUUCUAGAAGACAAGAAGGGCUAUGUGUCUGAGAGCAACAAAGCUGUCCCAUCAAAGCUGAAGGAAGACAUUCCCAGGACGCCAGAGAAGGAUCGGGACAGACGGGAAAGAGACAGGGAUUCAGAUCGUCACAGAGAUCGAGAUCGAGAACGGGAAAGGCACAAGGAAAAAGACCGCUCGCUGCAGCAGAACAAAGUAGUGAAGCCUAAGUCUAGUGAGCCAGAGGCCGACCGGGUCAAAUCCAAAGCCUCUCCAUCCUCUAGAGAUGUCCGGCCCAAAGAGAAACGGCUGGUGAACGAUGACCUGAUGCAGACCAGCUUUGAGCGAAUGCUGAGCCUUAAGGACCAGGAGAUCGAGCAGUGGCACCGGAAACACUUGGAGAAGAUCAAGCAGAAAGAGCGCGAGAGGAUGAAACAGAGGCCUGGCACGGACCCCAGCAAGCAGAAAAGCAGCAAAGACAAAUCCAAAACGCCUUCCUCCUCCUUGUCAGGUGAAACCUGCCAAGGCAAGGAACUCUUGCGCUCUAAGAGCUCAGAGGCUUCUGAGCCACAGAACCGUGACAAACCCUUGAGGGAUGCCACAAGUGGGAGAACGAUGUCCCUUGAUUCUAAGAAUCUGUCUGCCUUUGGGAAGUUGGGCCCUGCCUUGGAGAACAGCCUUAGUCGAUCCCCAAGACCGGAGAGUGAGAGAUCAGGUCACAUGUCCCGGUCAGUGUCCAUGGUCUCGGUGGCCAGUUCAGAGGACUCGUGCCACGCCACCAUGCUGACGCCCAGACCAGUUGAAUACGACUCAGACCUCAACCUUGAGGCUUCGGACUCCCAGCCACCCUUCCUCCAGUCUUCCCUCAAUCUGCAGUCCUCCAGAUCACCUGUCGUCCAUGAGAAAGACCUCAACAGUCUUCCUGAGGCUCAAAGUAACAGGACUCCUUUGUCAAGCCGUCACUUGUCCCCCUAUUUGAAGGCCAUCCUGGAUGAGGAUGCUAGGCCUGCGCCCACUGAGGAAAGAAGCUUUGAGGAAACCCAGAAGACUGGAUCAUCCCAUUCCAGCGAUGAACAGUCAAGGACCAUGCUGUCAGAAACGAGUUCAGUACAAGUGCUGGAUAAUCAGAGCCAGUCAACACCAACUCUCCCCAGCUCUACACCCGACCCUGAGAGUCUCAAUAACCCAGAAGCUGAGGGGAGUGUGACCGGACACCAUUUAACACCGGGGCCAAACUCUACAGAUCCUGGAUGCAGUCAACAAUCCAGCCUCUCCCAAGAAAAUAGUACUUUGGCUGUCCCUGUUGACCAUCAAAAGCAUUCCCCAUCUGAAUCCUUAUCAGGAAGUGAUGUGCAGUGUCCACUGCCAGAAAAUACGCCUGUUCCCGAUACAACAGAAAGCCCCAGUAAAGACAGCAAGGAUCCAUCUGUUACACUUGUGUCACGGGUACCAAUGUCUCAUCUACCAUCUCAGCAGCAGCACUCAACCAACACCAAAGCACCUUUGCAUUCAGGGAGUCAACAACAGGAUACCAUCCUUGAUCCCAACAUCGACCUCUCUGAAAGACCAGAGGGUGCCCAUGAAGUCACGAGGGUGGAGCCGAGAGAUAGAAAUUUUGUGGAGACGACAGAUGUUAGGGCGGAAGAUAAGGAGUCUAUAUUGGCAGGUUCCAGAAUGGAAUGGACGAGCAGUCCAGCCACCCCUCUGAGCACACACAAGGCAUUCCCAGAGUCCAAUAGAAAUGCAGAGACAAGAGAUGGGCCACAGGCGAUGGACACAACUGACCCUGUCGCGAGGCCACAAACUGAACACUCGUCCACUAGCGAUACUCACUCGCACAGAACAGAACACUGCCUCUCGUCCUCUUUACCAAAGCCUGAGUCUCGGUGCCCAAGUCCUGACCGUGACCCUGAGGAGCCCAUGGAGGUGGCCCCAGAAGCUCCAGACAGAAAUAGUGGUGUUGAGGCAUCGGCAGAGAAGGCCAGUACAUCAUGGGAGGCAACCUCUCCGCUUCCAUCUACUUCUGAAACUAAGUCAGAAGUUGCUGAGGAGAUAAAUGAUCGGCUUACCACAGAGGAUCAACCACCUACUGAGUUGAGGCCAACGGACUCCUUCGGCGAAUGUGAGAAGGGUCAGAUCUCUGGUGCGACAAGUCAGGCAGACUACAGCAUGGAGCCAGGGUUGGAAGGCACCUCAGGAAGCUCCUCCCCGCUGUCCAUCACAACCUCCGAAAGGGACUCAGAUCCCUCCGGAGCCAGGGCUAAAGCACGGCCACUAGAGGAUGAGGUAGACAUUCAAGUCCACCACCCGAGGAAGAGGAAGAUGCCUCGUGUGACUUCUCCUGCCCAACCCAUUCUGACGGCCCAGCAGAUGAAGGAGCGCACUCAGCAGUCUUUGGCCGCCAUUGUGGACUCUCUGAAGCUGGAGGAGAUACAGCCCUACCAAACGGAACGAGCCAACCCUUACUACGAGUUUCUGCACAUCCGCAAGAAGAUCGAAGAAAAGCGCAAGGUGCUUUGCAGCGUGAUCCCCCAGGCGCCCCAGUACUAUGAUGAGUAUGUCACCUUCAACGGCUCCUACCUGCUCGACGGCAAUCCUCUCAGCAAGCUGUGCAUACCGACCAUAACUCCCCCACCCUCAUUGCCUGAGCCCUUGAAGGAGAUGUUCAAACAACAGGAAGUGGUCCGGAUGAAACUGAGGCUCCAGCACAGUAUAGAGCGGGAGAAGCUGAUCGUCUCAAAUGAGCAGGAAGUCCUGCGUGUCCACUACCGUGCUGCCAGAACACUAGCCAAUCAGACACUUCCCUUCAGUGCCUGCACUGUCUUAUUAGACGCUGAGGUCUACAAUAUGCCCCAGGAUGUUCAGGGGGAAGAUGGCAAGACUUCUGUGAGAGAUCGCUUCAAUGCCAGACAGUUCAUGUCCUGGCUACAGGAUGUCGAUGACAAGUUUGACAAGCUUAAGACGUGUCUUUUGAUGCGGCAGCAGCACGAGGCGGCCGCCCUGAACGCGGUACAGCGCCUGGAGUGGCAGCUGAAGCUGCAGGAGCUUGACCCGGCCACCUACAAGUCCACCAGCAUCUUUGAGAUCUCUGAGUUUUACAUCCCUCUUGUGGAAGUCAACGAUGACUUCGACCUCACCCCCAUAUGACCUCCACCACACCACCCCAGUGACCUUGAGUCUCAACCCCUAACCCCACGAGGACGGAACAGGGAACGUUUGUGCCGCCUAGCCUUGGAGCCAACUGCUGUUCCCACAGUGGUCAGGCCUUGCAGUGAACAUGAAGCACUUAGUUGGAGGAGCUAGUGUGUGUUUGUGUGUGUGUGUGUGUGUGUGUGUGUGUGUGUGUGUGUUUGUGUGGGUGGGUCUGCACCACGCACAAUAAUGCAUCACCCUGUGACCUGUCACUCCUGAGCUCUUACAUACUCUACUUAAAACACAAGCAAGCAAACAAACAAGCAAGCGUGUGUUAACAGGCACGUGGUGGUGGUCAGUUCCCCUCUGGGCCCAGCGCCUGUCCUGGGCCCAUUCUGGUCUAACCACAGGCUCCUGGUCCAGAUGCACUUCUGUCCCCACUGGUCCUGGUCCAACCAUGGUGGUCCUGCCUGGUCCACAGCUCCCCGCACUUGUUCUAUACAAAACUCUGACAGGGGGUGCCGCAGAGCCAGGUCUGACGCAAUCGCACUUAAAGACCCUUCCCAAACCCCCAUAUCACGGCUCCCAACUCACACUCUGCCCUUCCCCCACAGACUGGCUGGUAGCCAUCUGAGAUGGAAGGAGGGAGAAGUGGAGGAAGGAAGGGAGAAAGAGCGGGAGAGAUGUCCUAUUUCACUUAACGCUCGCAAGGACUUUUGAGAGGUCUUUGAAAGCGAGUGACCAUAUAAACCAUGUACAGAUUGUGCUCCACCAUAAUUUUUUGUUUUUAACUUAUUUUAUACGUACUGAUUGUGCAUUUGUACAUAGCAGUGUAAUUAUUGUUUUGAUUUUUUUUUUUUUCAACUUGUAAAAAAGUACAUUUUAAAAAAGACAGGUAAAAUUUCAAUCUAAGGAACUGAAAUUGAACAAAAAAGGAAAAAUGUAAAGUGAUGGAUCCUUUUUUGAUUGUAAAACUGUUUUUUGUCUGUUUAAUGGACCAAAGUUUGGUUUAUUUUUUAUUAUUAAUAUAUAUCUAUAUAUUGGUCGUCUCCUCUAUGUCGUUGUUUGAUGUUGCUUAACUCUUAAGCAUGUGCGUGUUCUUUGGAAUUUUUUGUUGUUUUAUUUCCUUCUCUAUUGUUUUUUUUCUUAAACAUUUUUCUUCCUGACUGUUUCUUCUUCCCGUGGGGUUGUCAUCACAGCAGGUGUUCUUAGACUUGUGGUGUCGAUGCUGUGCAUGCGUUCGUUCUUUUCCGUGGACUCUAGUGAGGUGAACUGCAGUGGUCCCUGCUUUUUUUCCCCCUGCGCCAUCGUCGUGUCUCCUAGCAACAGCUCACCUCCCUGUGUGUCGUCCUUGUCUCACGCACAUUGAGGAACAUUAAAAGAAGAGAAAUACGAGUUCGUCGUGUGGCUUCUCUUUUAGAGGGAAAAAAAAUAAACCUUACUUUUACAGUUUCAAUGUGAGAUCACAGCAAAACCUAUUUUUACAACAUAAUGCCUUUUGAACGAUGGUUCUAAAAAUGUCUAUUUUAAUAUUUACUUGUUACAUGACCUGUAAAUAGUUGUAAUAUAUAAUUGAAUAAAUUUUAUUGGUUGUGAAAUUCAAAAA